GAGGUUCCAUUGUCAACCCUUCGUCACCGGUUAGAAUGGCGGCUCGUCUAUUGGCUGCUGCGCUGUGGUGCGCUUUGGCCCUUCCCGGCUUGGCGUCGCCUCAGUCUUUGCCCGCUUCGGUCACGUGCGGCGAGGACAGCGUGAAGGCGGCGGCCGGCAUGGCCGUCCGGCACGUCAACCGAAAUCACAAGCACGGCUUCAAGUUCCGGCUGCACGAGGUGCAGAGCAGCGAAUACCGGCAGGUCUCGGGAGGCUGCCAUAUCGACAUCGACGUGAAGCUGCUGCAGACCAAAUGUCACUUCAGCAACCCCAAAGCCGAGGCCCAGUGCGAGCUGUGGCGGCAGAAUGAGCGGGGCGCGGUGGCCAUCUGCAGCGUGGAGUUUUGGGUCAUGUGGGGCGCGGCCAAAGUCACCCGCCACGAAUGCACCACCCGACCAGAGCCGUCCGACGAGGAGCUGCUGCUGAUUUGUCCGUCGUGCCCCAAGCUGUUGCCACUGGACGACCCGACGGGCGUCGGCGCCGUGCGGGACGCGGUGCUCAAGUUCAACCGGGAGAGCGAGCGGCCCAAUUACUUCGCCUUGCUGGAAGUGGCUCAGCUCACGAGCGUGAACGUCGUCACCAUCGGCACCAUCACCCAGCUCAAGUUCGCCCUGGUGGAGACCACGUGUCCCCGGGAGGCCGCGGCCACUUUCGCCGCCUGCACGCCUCGCUGCCCCGACCGAGCUCAUCACGUCUACUGCCGAACCUCCUACUACAAUUCCCACAGACAAGUGGGAGAACUCGAGUGCGAAACGUACCCGCCCAAGAAUGUGGAGUCCCUCCCGGCUGGCGAGCCGGAGCCCGUUUGCAGGCCGCUGUUCCACCAAAGUCCGGAAGCUUGCGUUUGCAAGGGCAGGCUGAAGAGUCCCGAGCCGUCCCUCCACCACAUUUGUCCCUUCCCGCUCAAGUGACUCCUGCAGAAA